AUGGUGGGCACAAAGGGGGGGAUAGCACAGCCCACCGUGGAUUUCGUGGCCGAAGGGAACGGCCUCAUAUUGGGCCUCGCCGAAGAUAUUCCGCUGCACGUGUCCUUGCGACCUGGGGCAGCAGAGUUCGUGGAGUGGCUGUCGCAGGCUUGCGGCCGGCAGACCGAGGGGGAGAAGAUGGAGAGCCAGAAGGGUGAGGAGGACGAGAGGGAGAAGGGUCGCGUGGAUUGGAGUGGUAAGUUUUAUGCGCCGGGCAUCGAGCUCGCGGUGUACACCGCCGGCACCCCCGCGUACGCUCGGCAGACCCUGGCGGGGAAGGGGCAGCCUGGUACGUGGGUGGAGGCGCGGCUUGGGCUGGGUCACCUGGACCGCGUGCUCUUCCGCGACGAGUGCGUGCCCUUCGGGCUUCCCAUCACCAAGGACUUGACCAAGCUCCGGUGCGACCUCUCUCGGGUCGUCCUCGUGGACAACGACGCGCGAAACUUUUGGCUGCAGGCGGACAACGGCCUCCUGGUGUCCGACUGGGUGGGCCGCGACCCCUCCGAUCGGGAGCUGUGCCGCGUGCGCGCGGUGCUUGAGGAGCUGGCGGACGCGGGCGACGUGCGGGCCACCCUCUCCUCGCUGCGGUGCGGCCCGCCGCCCUGGCAGGGGCGGCUGGCGCUCGGAG